GUUAGUUCUUUUUUUACUGUGUUUAAAUGUGAUAAUCAAACUCUUUGACCCAUUUAUCAUAUUUCAUGUUCAGAGCACUUCUAAAAAUGUGCAUUUGUUUUAUUACCUGUUUUUCGCUGUUGUGUUUUUCUGCACAGUUUCCAGCCCUCUAAAAUGAACACAACUGAGGAAAUAACAUUGUUUAUUAUUGAGGGAUUUAAGGAGAGGAAAUUGAUUCUGUUUGCUAUUUUCUUGCCAAUGUAUGUUCUGAUACUGGUUGGAAACAGUAUGAUUAUAUAUUUGGUCAGAACCGACUCCAAGCUGAAUUCACCCAUGUACUUUUUCCUCCACAAUCUUUCCUUCUCUGAUUUAAUCUACACGUCAACUACAGUCCCCAACAUGCUUUCAGGAUUUCUAGUGGAAGUGAAGACCAUUUCCAAAACAGGCUGUUUAACACAGAUGUAUGUUUUUCUCUCAAUGGGUAUAACUGGACGUAGUUUGCUAACGGUGAUGGCUUUUGACCGGUAUGUAGCCAUCUGUAACCCGUUACGCUACACGUCAAUCAUGAGCAGGAAAGUUCGUUAUUUGCUGAUAUGUGCAUCAUGGGUCUUUGGAUCGUUUGUUACUCUACCAGCUUUCUUUUUAGCAUUGCCUCUACCCUUCUGUGGGCCAAACGUAAUUAAGCACACCUUCUGUGAUCAUACAUCAGUUAUACGCCUGGCCUGCACUGAUAUUACAAGAAAUAGUGUAGUUGGACUAGUUUUUGCUUUAUUUUCCCUUCUUUCCACUUUCCUGCUGAUUCUCACAUCAUAUGUUUUAAUUGGGAAAGCCAUCAGCAAAAUGGGCUCAGUUGAAAGAAAGAAAGCUGCUGCUACUUGUGUGUCUCACCUGAUAGUGGUGACUAUAUCAUUUGUAUCUGCUGCAUGUGUGUACAUCUCCUACAGAGUGCCCUCAUUUGACCCAGAGGUCCGUUUGAUUAUUUCUGUGCUUUACUCUGUUUUGACGCCUCUGAUAAACCCCUUCAUUUACAGCUUGAGGAAUAAAGAGCUGCAGCAUGCUAUGAAAAGAGCCUUCUGCAAAUACAGGGCAGGUUCAAAAACAUUCAGGAAAACUGUGCCUUCUGUAGUAUCAUAGUACACCUAAUAAGACUAUUUCUGAACUGUUUAUCAAUAUAUUCACAAAAUGUGACUUCAGUGCAUUUAUGUUUAAUUGCUUCUUAAAAGAAAAAUGUAAAAAUCAUAAAUUUUUCUCCUUUUGUAAUACAGUUAUGGAUUCUGUUGUUUUACUCUACACAAGUGAGCUUUUUAUAAUUGCUUUUUAAUGUAAUAAAUGUAAAGAUUAUCAAUGUUUCUCCUUCUGUAACACAGUUAUGGAUUCUGUUGUAUUUACUGUACAAAAAGAGACUUUGACUUUAUUAAAAUUUUUAUUUAUUAUGUUCUAUCGCUAAAGCAUGUUGGUUUGUCAUGCUCACUUACUAUACAUUUAUCCAACAGCACAAAGCUUAACUAAAUUUAGCACUUUCUUAUAUUUGUAUGGUUUACAUAACUAUUGCU